CUGUACUAAAAAUAUCACAAAUUCGAAACCUACUGGGCCGACGGGGUGACAAAUUUGGUAAUCGCAAUCUCUCCCCCACUUUAUAAGCAUGUCGAAACCUUAAUCCUCUUUGUCACUUCUACUCGCCCUAAAACCCUAAUUUCUCUUACCUUACAGAAAAACCCUAAUACAAUGGCUCCAAAGCGCCCAUCACCCUUAGAAGACCCACCUUCUGCUUCAUCGUCUUCUGAAGAAAAAGCUCAGUCUGAAGACAUCGUUGAUGCCAAUCACUCCGAAUCCGAAUCUGAUGAAGAAGAAGUAGAACGAAACCCUAAUCCAACCACAAUCCCACACCCACACCCAAAAUCCUCGUCCAAAUCCGAAACCGAUGAAGGGUCUGAUUCGGAAUCUGAUUCUGACAACACCCAAUCCUCCCCCACUGCUGCUGAUUUCGCCAUCAAACCCAUUGCCUCCAGGCCAAUGGACUAUGACACCAAACCCAAGAAGGAGUCGACCUUGACUCCAUCGGCGAAACGCCCAGCGGAGGCUGAACGAAAUAGGAAGGAUUCGCGGUCGAAGAGGAACAAGGUUUCGAACGGUGACGAAGAGGAUGGGGCGAUCGAAGAGAAGAAAUCUGUCAAUAGGUUGUGGAGUGAAGAUGACGAAAUUGCAAUUUUGAAGGGAAUGAUAGACUAUAAAUCGAAGAAAGAGUCUGACCCCUAUACUGACAUGGGCGCCUUUCAUGAAUUUCUCAAGAAAUCGCUUCACGUUGAUGUUACGAAGGUCCAAUUGACCGAUAAGAUUAGGAGGCUGAAGAAGAAGUACUUAAUCAAUGCAGAGAGAGGCAACAACGGAGAAGAUCCGGUUUUCAAUAAACCCCAUGAGCACAAGUCAUUCGAGCUUUCCAAGAAGAUAUGGGGUGCUGGAGCUAGUAAUAGGGUGGAUGAUAAUGCAAAAAGUAGCCAAAUCAAAGCAAGAAAGAGUGAGAAAGUUAACAAUUCUGUGGCUUCUCCGAAAAAAGAAGAACUUGCAUUGCAAGUGGCAUUGAAGCCCGAAACAGGGGCUAGUCAAGAGGACUUUUGGUCAAUGUUUCCCAGAUUGAGAGAGUCACUGCAGUCGGAGAAGGGUUCGUAUUUGUCAUUGUCGGAAUCUGGGACGAAUUUCGUCAAGGAAAGAAUGAGUUUGAUUGGGAGUAAGAAGGCAAAGAAGUUGGAGGAAAAGUGGAGCAAUUUGCGGGCAGAUGAAGUUGAGUUAUAUCUAAAACAGGUCGAGUUGAUUGCAGAACAGACUAAACUGGUGCUGGCUGCGAUGAAAUCUUCGAAGUCAUAGGUUUUGCGGUGAGGUAACUUGGGAUGAAUUGUGUUUCAUCUGAUGCAAUAUUAUGGAGUUUUUGGUCUUGAUAAAAGUAUUUUCUUUAUAAGGUUUUGAAAUAUGUUUUUUUGGUUAUAAUGAAAUGUUGCCUUGCAAUAUAUUGCCUACAUUUAUUGUUGCCAAUAUGAAAACUUAUAUGCUGUCAAAGCAAAAUGGCUUUCUCACUUCAUUUGUUA